CCUCCGCCAAAGCGCGCCAAACCGCACGAUGUUCAAUAUCCCACACAGAAGCCUCGCAUCCGUGGGCCGUUUGUCGACUCGGACUCCGAGUCAGAUGUCGAGAAUCAUCCGAGGGGGAGAUCAACCGCAGCUGUCGACCUCGACGAAACGCAGACGUCAACCACUGAGGGCACCCAGACAAUCACACCAAUUACUCCCCAUUGGGGCAGACUCAACCCUCUACUGACCACGCCCAUCUUCGGCAGCCGCUCAAAGACCACUUACAAGCUCAAGACAUGCGGAGGCAAGGAAAUUACCAUCAAGCAGCGCCAGGAGACCGUUGCUCAGUCCUACGAGUCCAUGGUGGCGGCGAGGUCAAAGACCAAGGAAGGGCGGGCAAAGCGAGACUACUAUGGCGUCGACAUCCACAACCUCAUAAACGCAGCGACGAGCGAAAUGGCUGCUGCAAACCGGCAGCCCCCAUCAUCCCCAGACACCAACCAAGCCGUUCGAUCCAUGGAGGCCACAUCGAUAUCAGACAAGAAGCCCAAGAAGACUAUGCUGUGGACCGAGAAAUACCGUGCACGGAACUUUAUGGACUUGUGCGGAGAUGACGGCACAAACAGACUCGUGCUCCGCUGGCUGAAGAGGUGGGAUCCGCUGGUGUUUCCAGGAACGGCCAAAGCAAAGCCCAAGGCGGCGAGGCGCAACGGCGCUCAUCCCCAGCCGGAAGAAGAGAAGCCUCAUCGCAAGAUCCUGAUGCUGACGGGGCCGCCUGGCCUGGGAAAGACGACGCUGGCUCACGUCUGCGCCAAACAGGCGGGCUACGAGGUGAUUGAAGUCAACGCCAGCGACGACCGCAGCCGCGACGUUGUCAAGAACCGGAUCCGCACCAGUCUCGGAACAGAAAGCGUCAAGAAUGUGAGCAAUCUGAAGGCGGCAAACGGGCCGCAGAAGGUUGCCAAGCCUGCCUGCGUGGUGGUGGACGAGGUCGACGGCGUGGUGACGGGCUCUGGAGCUUCGGGGGAGGGCGGCUUCAUCAAGGCCCUGAUUGACCUGGUGCUCAUCGACCAAAAGAACUCUUCAGGGGUAGAAAAGUCGUAUGAUGGCAUUAAGAAGAAGAAGGGAGACGACUUUCGCCUGAUGCGGCCGUUGAUUCUGAUAUGCAAUGACGUCUACCAUCCUUCGCUGAGGCCCCUGAGGCAGUCGAAUCUGGCCGAGAUCAUCCACGUUGGUCGACCGACUCUGGACACUGUAGUUGGCCGAUUGAAGACGGUGUUUGAAAAGGAGGGCAUCCCUUGCGACAAGGACGCAGCACGCAAGCUGUGCGAGACGGCAUGGGGCAUGGCCAGCGGCAUCGACGCCAAACGGGGACAGGAAAGCACCGUGCAGGGCGAUCUCCGCGGCGUCAUGGUGGUGGGCGAAUGGGCGGCCUCCCGCUUCAGGGCUUCGGGUCGGAGCGACACGCAGCGUCUCACCAGAGAAUGGAUCGAGAAGAAUAUCCUGCAGGAGCUUGCCAGCGGCGCGGCGGGCGCUCGGGGACUCGGACGAGGCAGCGUCAAGGACAUCAUCUCCCGGCUAUUCCAAGAGGGAGGCGGCUUCCCCAAGCAAGCGCUCAACCUCUCCCGGUCCAAGACGCAUCACGAGCAGCCCAAGACGGAGCUGGGCUUUGGCGAGCACCAGAAGAAGUACGCCAUGGAGUGUCUCCGGCAGAUGGUGGACGCCAGCGGCGAAAUCAGUCACAUUGUGACGGAGAUUUUCGCAGAGUACCCGAACCGCGAGUUCAACGACGACUCGUACCUGUCGAAGCCGAACCAGGCGUACGACUGGCUGUACUUUCACGACGCCUGCCAGUCGCGGCUGUACGCGAGCCAGGAAUGGGAGCUCGCGCCGUAUCUCUCGCAGCCCGUGCUCGCCUGCCACCACCUGUUUGCCUCGCCCAUCAGACACUUUGCCGGCGGCAUGUCGUCAGCGAACAACCAGCAGCGUCCCGGCCUCGCGGGCGAGGAAGAGGCCGCCGGCCCUACGAUUCCCUUUUCCGGCCCGCGCGCCGACUUCCAGGCCUACGAAGCCGAGAAGCAGACCCGCGCGCAGCUGCAGACGCUGCAGGGCCAGCUGAGCCCGACGAUGAUGCGGCUGUUCCGCAGCGCAGAGGACGUGUCCACCGAGUUCCUGCCGUAUCUCGCGCGCAUGCUGUCGCCGGACGUGAAGCCCGUUGUCGUGGGUGGAAGCCAGGGGACGACGGCGAGCGUGCGCAAGGAGAGCGAGCGGCGAAUGGUCAAGAGGGCGUCGGAGGUGCUCGCCGAGGUGGGCAUCACGCUGCAGAAGGGCAAGAUUGAGAGCGAUGUGCUGUCUAGUCGCGGGCCGCAGUUUGUCUACCGCAUGGAGCCAGACAUUGAUUCCCUGGCCACGUACGAGACAGCGUCUUCCAUUCUCACGUCCCAGCCACCAGCCCGCUACGCGAUCCGCCAGGUCCUCGACCAGGAACUCCGCCGCACGCUGGCCCUCCGCGAGACAAACGCCCGUCAGGCGCGGUUCCAAGCCGGUCGCUCCCUGGGCGAAGGCGAGCAAGCGCAGCAACCCCUAUCUUCACUGGGCCAGAAGAAGAAGAAGAAGGAUGACGACAGCAGCAGCAUGGCCGUUGUAGAGGACGGCUUGGUGGUGAAGAAGGACUUUUUCGGGAGAAUCAUUGAGGCGCAGCCGCUGGCGGACGUCAAGGGGGGACUGAUGGAGAAGAAGGCGGCGGCUGGACAGGAGAAAGUGUGGGUUACGUUUCAUGAAGGGUUGAAUAAUGCCGUGAGGAAGCCGAUGACGCUGCGGGAGUUUCUGAGUGGUCUCUGA